GGCGAACCGGGAGAACUGAGACACAGUGGCGUUGUUGGGGUAACCCGGGCCAUCAUCAUCUUCACUUCCCCUCUACUAUACCAAGGAAAGAGUGUUAUCACCAUGCAGCCGAUGGCAUGCAUCUGUUCCGCGAUACACAGCAGCCCAUAGUCACCAUGGCCACGGGCAGAAGCAUGGAAGGAAGGGGCGAGCAUGCGUGUCUCUUGGCCUUAUGCAGUGAUUCCCUUCACCACCUUGCCUGUCCCUCUUUCCCACCUUUGCAAAGUUCCUUCCCUGCAGAGUUCUUUUCCUGAAUAUCAGAAUACAUAUAUCUGCAAGGUAGCUACGUUAGGUUGCCCUGUGCUUUCCAGUUCUGAGGACUUCCCCUUGUAUUCUUACAUCCUUUCCAGGGCCUGUGUUCUUAGACUACCGGCAGUAUCUAAGUUUUCCUGGUGUAUUUAUCCACUAUAUUUUUGUUCGAAUAGCAACACAAUGGGCCUGUCCACAUUUCCACCGCAGUCGAAAACGGACAUCGAAAGUUACACCCACGAAAAGAUCCGCGCAUCAGACACCGGUGAUGAAGGUUUCAUCACCGCUUCCAGCAGCAGAGAAGGUGUUGUCCUUGAAAGCGACAAGAGCUGGUUCUUUUCUAGGCUUCAAAGGUUUGCCGGUAGUUAUGGCGUGGAAGAGCGGGGUGUUGAGCGGGUGCCGGAGGAUGAGAGGAGAGAUACAAGGGCUUCCAAGAUGGGCGGCGUGUGGCUGGCAGCCAACAUGGGGAUGCCUACUUUUGCUCUGGGGGCCGUGGCCGUGCCAAUCUUUGGACUGGGCUUUGUGGAUGCCGCGUUGAUUAUUGUACUCGUCAACAUACUCGGAGUUCUCCCCGUUUGCUUCUUUGCACUUUUUGGGCCAAAGUUUGGGUUAAGACAGAUUAUUCUGUCCAGGUUUUGGUUUGGACAUUAUGCGGUCAAACUUAUCGCGAUAUUUCAGAUUAUCACCUGUCUUGGGUGGGCAUCUGUCAAUGCCAUCGUUGGAGCUCAGCUGUUGAAGGCCGUCAACCCUGAUAUUCCCGGCUGGGCCGGGAUUCUCAUUGUGUCUUUGGCAACGCUGAUUAUCUGCUUGUUGGGUUACAAAGCUGUUCACUUUUACGAACGGUACGCGUGGAUUCCGUGCUUUGUGGUUUUUCUUGUUGUCAUGGGAGCGUUCAUAAAAUCCGGAGAGUUCGACAGCCUCCUGCCUCUGGCCACGGGGCCAAGUGAGAGGGGAGCUGUUCUUUCAUACAUCGGAGCUGUCUUUGGGUUUGCUGUCGGUUGGUCGGCAUACUCGGCUGAUUAUAGUGUCUAUCAGCCCUCGACACGAUCAACCAGGUCUACCUUUCUCUGGGUGUUUUCUGGGCUGACGUUUCCUCUUAUAUUUGUCAUGCUCCUCGGGGCUGCUAUUUCUACGGCUCUGGUCAAGAAUGAGGAAUACCAAAAGCACUAUGAGAACGCAGGUGUUGGAGGUCUCAUGGCGGCUGUGUUGACGCCGAAUGUUGAACCUGGGUUUGACAAGGCCUGUCUUAUCCUGGUGGCGCUCUCGAUCAUUGCGACCAACUGCCCCAAUAUCUAUUCGGUCUCAUUCUCGUUGCAGGCAUUGGCGAGACAGACUCAGCAAGUGCCGCGCUUCGUGUGGACUAUCUUUGGGACGGCAGUGUAUGUUGGGAUUGGUAUUCCUGGGUACAACCUCUUCGAAACCUGGCUCGAGACAUUCGUGUUGAGCACGGGAUAUUGGCUUUCGAUCUAUAUUGCCAUUGCCCUUGUGGAACACUUUUUAUUCCGCGGAGGAUUACGUGGAUUUUCAGGGUAUGAUGUGGGGGAUAUUCACAAGCCAGAGCUUUUACCACCGGGGUUCGCAGCCAUUGCUUCUUGCCUGGUUGGCGUUGUGGGUGUUGCUCUGGGGAUGUCUCAGGAAUGGUACACGGGGGUGAUUGCUAGGUUGUGUGGCGGGGAGGGGCACGGCGCUGAUGUGGGUGUUUGGCUGGGUUUUGCUUUUACUUUCAUCACAUAUAUUCCUCUGAGGGCUGUUGAAGGGAGUUGUUUUGGGAGAUGAGUGCUGGAGUGUUUUGAUGUAUAUGAACUAUGAUGAAACGAAUCUGGAGGAGAAUCUUUGAGGCAUAUGUGAUAGCGGCGGUUAGUCUCCCUGGAAUAACACAUGAUGUUCGGCCAAAAAUGUUUCCAAUCUUUUUCGUCGAUAUAUCCUCUUGGAACUU